AUGCAACAGGAAGUGGAAAAGCCCUCUCGGGGACCUCAAUCUCAGUUUCAACAAGGCCAUGAAAUCCCUGUUGAGCAUCACGAAAAGCCCGGCUCACAGCGUGAGAUGGAAGACCCGAAGCCCACCUCGAGCAAACUCCCAACUGAGGAUAAUGGGUAUCAAACCUACAAAGCGGCGGGAAAACUCACAGGAAAGAAGGCCAUCAUAACUGGUGGGGACUCCGGAAUCGGUCGCGCAGUUGCAAUUUUAUUUGCCAUGGAGGGGGCGUCUAGCCUUAUCACGUAUCUGCCCGAAGAGGAAAAGGAUGCACAGGAGACAAAGCGACGAGUGGAAGAAAUCGGGCAAAGCUGUCACUGCUUCCCGACCGAUAUUCGGUAUAAAGAGAACUGCCAGAACGUGGUUAAUGCAGCCCUCAAGAGUUUGGGUGGUAUUGACAUCCUAGUCAACAACGCUGGGACUCAAACGAUGAUUGACGAUAUCAAAGAUUUGGAAGAGUCUCAGUGGGAAAGCACAUUCGACACUAAUAUCCAUCCCAUCUUCUAUCUGUCAAAGUACACGCUUCCUCACCUGAAGAAUGGCUCGACGAUAAUCAACUGCGCUUCCGUUAACCACUAUAUCGGUCGCCCUGAUCUGCUCGACUAUACUUCAACAAAGGGUGCAAUCGUUGCAUUCACCAGGGGCUUGUCCAACCAGCAAGUCAAGAAUGGGAUUCGGGUAAACUGCGUGUGUCCCGGGCCAAUCUGGACUCCUCUAAUUCCGGCAACCAUGACUACCUCGGCGCAGGAACAGUUCAGCGGCACGCCGAUGGGUCGCCCGGGACAGCCCAGUGAGGUUGCGACAUGUUUCGUUUUCCUUGCAAGCCAGGAUAGUAGUUUUAUCUCUGGCCAGAGUUUGCAUCCUAACGGGGGAGUUGUUGUCAAUGGAUAA